AUGGCGUCAAAGAAAACAAAGCAGAAAAUCUUGAUAAAUACUUAUCAAGACCCUAAAAAAAGCAUCGAUGAGCUGUUUUCGAUAUAUGAAAGACGACCAAAUCCCAAGGUACUUUGAAAGGAGCCAGUUUAACUAAUGAUAAGCGUGUUUUCUUCAGAAGGGUGAUUUCCAAAAAUCGUUGCCGCCUUCGUUCUACAACCCACGCAGGCCGCGCGGCAGCAGCGCAGGACACUCUCCCCAGGUUUUUUCAGUCCAAAUUUCAUUGUUGAAGAAAAUGGUUUAAAAAUAGAUGUGCGAAACUUGAAAAUUUUUAGGUUAGAGAUAGAGUACUUCAAAUUUAUCAGAUUCCUAGCAAGCUCCAAUCGCGUGUUUUUUUUGAAUUUCUUUGCAGAAUAGUUAAUUUGCCACCAGUCUAAAAAUUGUAUAGCUUUCAAUGACCCAAAUCAGUUCCAACUGCCUGUAGAAAUGAGCUUGCAAGUUGAAAACACAACAAAACCUGAAUAAUUCCUUAUUUCUAGAUAGGACCAGUUUCAGGGGUCAUCAGAUGACUGCACAUCUACCAGCCGCCCAACUCUGAGUCCCGUCACUGGAAUCGUACCUUCUCAACAUUUCCACAAAAGGCAAAUAAGUGCGCCAGAGCUGCACCCGGACUACAGCUUUCGGUAAGUCACGUUGGGCUCGGAAAAAGAAUGAGGCUACAAAAUGAAAUUGUAUUUCAGUCCCGUGGCUCCUCCGCAGAGCGCUCCAAUAAUUGUGCACCAACAUUCCAAAGUAAGAUCAGUUCCGCUUUGUUUUGUUAACUUCCGAUCACUGGGUUUCAAACAAAUAUAUUGAAACAAGGAGAAGUAAGACGUUUGGAAUGCUCAAUAUCUUCUGAAAACGAUUUUUUGAGCUAAACUUUUUAUUGGUUCAAUCCACUAUCCAUUUAAAAAGCUUAGUCUGCUUUUUGCAGGGAGAAAAGAUAGGUUUCAAAAAAUUUCUGUAUUUUUUUAAGCGCUGAUUCAACUUUUGAUUCAACUUUUCACCUAAGUCAGAAACAAAAAUUAACCUUUUUUAUGACAUCGGGAAUAAAAAAAGAGGGACUCAACGAACACAAAUCUACCAAUUUCCAAGCAAAGAUAAGAAGCAUUUCCUUGAGAGCACAAAAAAAGACAGGCACAACUUGAGGAUCAUAGAGCGUUGCGUGGAUGAACUUUUGAUCCAUAUUUCACAGAAAAAAUCCAAAGUGGUUUUCAGAGUGUAUCGGCCCUACCACCAAUGCAAAACGACUACACACCGCCGACGCAUCACGCCAAAUCCAUGUCUCACGAGGCACACUACAGUCAAUACGGAUAUCAGGAGUCCGUCUCAUAUCUGCAUUGAGAAUAUCAUAAUAGGCGUUUUCUGUUGGAAGUAAUCCACGACUCGAAAUUAUCAGAAGUUAAUUGGGAAAAAUCAAUUUGAUUCAUUAAUAUUAAUCAUUCCUUGACAAAAUGUUACUAUUAUCUGGUACUGUGGAACUUUCUGAGAACAGGUCGAGAACUUUUUCUGAAAAUAUGAAAUCAUGGAACUUUUCAGAAAUUUUUGAAGAAAGGAAUAAAAAAAAGGAAAGUCAGUAGGUUGACACUUCCAAGGUAUUCGCGCCUCAAAAAAUAUAUGUGCAAAGUAAAUUUACCUAACUGAUCAUAUUUCUCAUUCAGGCUCAAACUUGAGCUUGAAAAUCUAAAAAUCAGCGGCUCUAGAUUUCGAAUAAACCCCCUCAUUUCAAAACAUCAAAAGUUGAAGUUCCAUCAUGUUUUCUUUCUCAGAAACUAUACAACUUCUCUUAAUCGGUGGAAGCUGGGAUAAGCACUUUUUUUCACUUUUUUUUUGCAGUGCAGCUGAGAAAGUAGAAAAUAGAACUCUUUCCGAAAAAAACAAAGUACGACUCUGCCAUGGUGAUUUCAUUUGACGUUUUUGUAAUCCUCCUAAAAAUAAGUACCUCCGACCUGAAAUCGUCAUCUACAACAAGUUUUCCGAAAAGUCACGACAAUUUCACCAAAUUCGUACUCAAAUACACCGGAGAAUGUAGAUUAUAAAACUAUUUUCCAAUGAAACCGACUACAAAAUUCCGUUUACGUCAGAUCACUGUUGCGCAGCAACCUGCCCACACAGCUCCAAGCUCUCAUAUUAAAGCAACCAUAAAAACGGUCGUGUGAGCUCGAAGGUCCUCUCCAAAAUCUUCGAAAAAAUUGGUUUUCCUAACUUUGCAUUUCAUCUCCAGUCGACUACAUUCUCGGAACAAAAAAAAAUUCAUCCAACCGUCUAGCCGCUAUCUUUUUCGUUCUUCAAAACAAGACAUAUUAAACCACUUGCAAGAUUUUCUUCACACGAUAUGCAUUUUUUUUCUUUUUCAGCCAAAUGGAGCAGCAGCAGCCUAUGUUUUCCCAGGCGCGAGAGAAAAGUCAGUCGCUGGAUCCCAUGCGCAGUACCUUCAUGCAGCAGCCGGUUUGAUCCUUUUGACUCUUUUUGUUGAUAAAACAACGUGUUUUCGAAUACUUUUUGAUAAAUAUUAUUAAAAACAAGCAAUUAACCUUACAGGAAAUGGAUCCACCGCUUCCUCACGGCUGGGAAAUGCGCUAUGACGAAGGUGGUAACCGAUACUUUGCAAAUCACAACACCAAAACGACGCAGUGGCAAGAUCCUCGGCUGGGUAAUGGCAAGCUUCAGAAUAAAUAAUAAUAAGACGACGCACUUUCAGGUGUCGGACUGCAUUUGCAGCCUGACCAGAUGCCCAGACAGCAGUACCCACCUCAGCCUAUUCAAAACCACUACUACGACCACAGUCAGGCUAGGUCGCUCCCCCCCAUGCCUCCUCAGGGACAUCACAUGCCUCAGCAUCCAACGCAGCAUCAUUACAUGCCUGUGAAUUAUUCAAAGCAAAAUUUUUUGAAUUUUGAUCCUUAAAAAAUCCAGGCGGAUUACAACACUACGCACGAUCGUGUACAGCAGCUGGAAAACGAAAGGAUGAGUAUGCAAGAAAAACAAAUGCAGUUGAUGCAGUCGGUACGGAAAACAAAAAUCUAAAAAGCCUUCAACUCGAAGCUUCAGGGACUUUUGGACAGCCCGCAACAAUAUCAAGCGGUGUCUCCUCAAAUGGCGCCUCAAAUGAUGGUGAAUUUGAAAGAAAUUUUUGAAAAAUCUGCAAAAUUUUAGCAUCAUCAUGACCAAGGCUACGGUUACCAACAUCAGCAAAUGGGGCAACCCCCUCUCCCACAGCCUCACUUCACACACAAUCAAAAAUGUUAAUUAAUUUAGGAAACAAAAUUUUCUUAUAAAAGACUCUUAAAAUAAUUUUUGCUGCUGCAGAGGCAAGCAGACUCCGCCAUGGAAGUCGACUACGGGCCAGGACAUCUGCGGACAUCAUAUGGAAUCGAUGUACGAAAACGAGAUCCUCAAAUUACGGAAACUUGCUCUUUACAGGACAUUAAUCCUCGAGAAUUCGAUCAGUACCUGCAGAUCAGUGGCGAAAAUCGCGGCGAGACCAGCGUUGGUCGUUAUCACUGA